CACAGGCUCACACUUAGCUUUGCCACACUCUUUAUCGUUUAUCGCACCUCUCUCUCUCUAACAGAAACUCACGCAGAUACACUGAACAAACAUUCUCCAGCACUUCACUGGACAAACCUUUCGGACAUAGCAGAGGCACCUGGGAUUGCUGUCCUCAGCAUGGAGAACAAAUCUGAUGUGAAGUCCAUGUUGGCUCGCUUUCAAGCAAAUAAUGCGAGCACUGAUGAGACUUCUACUCCGCCUGGACGCAUCAAACCACCCCUGCAUCCCACGCUCUCCUCGGGCCCAGCCAUACAGACAAAGAAACCGGUCUUGGAGAGCCUCUCAGGAGGUGCGAUAAAUAUUCCUCCAAAACCCUCUUACCUGAAAAAUACAGUAUCAACUAAAAGUGACACAGAGGCACACGAACCAAACAAAACUAAAGCCCUGGCUAGCAGAUUUGGAAACGCUCAGGAUGACACCAACAACAAACCUUUCAUUGUUAAUAAACAGCACGUACCACCGAAGCCAACUUUUGCACCGGCUGCUGAAGCUAAAGGCCCGAUACAGAAGCCCGCUCUAAACAAGCCCCCCCUGAGCUCGAGCCUGUCCGACGCCAAACCUGCCUUUCCUAAACCUGGUCCACCACUCAACUCCAAGCCCAGCUGGGCAAAAGAAGACAGUGGCGGAGGUUUACAACGAAAACCGAGCAGCAGCAUUGGAAGAUUACGGCAGCAAAAUGAAGAGGUUGCAGGAGCUGGCACGAACACUGCGAACAAACCUCCAUCUCAUGGGAUCCCCGCUGCUAAGCCCCCCUCUAACUUUAGGACUGCUCAGAAUAUGUUCCACAAGGAGUCAGAUAGCGCCAUGAAUGCAGAUGGAGCAAACAACCCGCCCCUUACUGCUACUACCUCCGUCCCUCCACGAAAACCUCCAGCCUACAAAAAGCCUAGCAUAAAGAAGCCGCCGCCAAAGCCUACUAGCAGCGUCAGUGAUGGCACUUCAGGCCCCAAGCGUCAGCCCCUCCCAAACAGUUUAGCUUUGGGGCCUCCUCCUGCUAAGCCCAACCGACCCCCUAAAGUCAACCUGGAGAACUUUAAAAGAGGUGCUGUGACCUCAGAAAAUGUUCCUGGCACCUUAAAGAAACCCAUCAUGCCACCUCCUCUGUCUGCUAACCCCAGUAACCAUAGCAACCAUGCGACCCCAGCUUCACCCCCUCAGCCUGCAGUUCCUAGUCUGCCCCCACGACACCCAGGGACCAUGAUCCAGCAAGAUGACUUCUACGAUGAUGUUAGUGAAUUCAGCAGCGCUCCUCCACCUCUACCACCAUCUACAGGUCACCCGAGUCAGAGGGCAAAGGAGGAAGAGGAGGGUUCUGAUGAAGAGACGUAUGAGGAUCUUGAUGAACGAUGGGAAGAGGUUGAACAAAAACAAGAGAAGAAGAGAGAGAAAGACGAGAAGGAGGAGAAAAAACGACUGGAGGCUGAGAAGAAGGAGCAGAAGGAACGUGAGAAGAAGGAACAAGAUGCCAGAAAGAGGUUCAAAUUGGUUGGCCCCAUGGAGGUCAUCCAUCAGGGGAAGGCUCGUGUGGAUUGCCGAGGCAGUAAGACUGACCUCGGCCUCAAGCAGGGAGAAUGUCUGGACAUCAUCCGAGUCCAGGGAAACCCAGAGGGGAAAUGGUUGGGACGUACACAGGAUGGAUCCAUUGGUUAUGUGAAAACCACUUCAGUGGAAAUUGACUUUAACACUCUGAAGAAUCGCCAACCUCAACAGGCGUACGACCCCGAGGUGUACGAUGACAUCGACGUGGUUGCUCCUGACAACAGUGCGAUGAAAAGACCAGGAGUUGUCCUACCUCCACCACCAGGAGACGACGGGGAAAUAUAUGAUGAUGUGGUUGAUCCAAACCUGGAAGUCAGUACCCCGGACAAGUCUUCUCCUACGAAGCCUCGUGGCUUCCUGCGGAUGUUCGACCGGAACCGACGUUCUGACAGCAUUAAAGUAGUGCCUCCACCCAGCCAGUUUACAGCAGAUUCAGAUCAGCCAGGAGCAAUUGAUGAGGAGAUAUACGAUGAUGUUGACUCUCAUAAUGGGCAAAAUGUGCCUCCCCUUCCUCCCAUCAGCAGCCUUCCAACCCUGAAAGGCAAAAAAGAAAUGGACCCAAAGAAGCAGAAAAAGUUUGAGAAAGAGGAGAAGGACUUCAGGAAAAAGUUUAAAUAUGACAAGGAGAUAGUGGUGCUGGAGCAGGUUACCAUCGCCCCGACACUUACCAAUAAGAAGUGGAGCGUGAAGGAGCUUCCAGUCAAAGCAGGAGAGACACUUGACGUCAUUGUUAAAGCCGUGGACAACAAACUGAUCUGUAGGAACGAGGAGGGAAAGUUUGGUUAUGUUUCGACCGGCCAUAUUGUUACGGACGAUGGUGAUAUCUACGAUGAUAUUGGAGAUGAUUGCAUCUAUGACAACGAUUAGAAACAUCUGGUGCUGGAUUUAUUGUUUUACACCGAUUUGUUCAUGUUAUUUAUUAUGUUUCUUGAUAAUAUAAAUUGGGAGCUGAAAAUAUUUUUAUUCCAAUUUUAUGGGAAACCGUGUAAAUUUGAAUUGUUGAAUAAAUUGGACAUGUGGGCAACGAUUCAGAGAUCUGGAAAUAGGCUAGCUUUAAUUCCUUUGAAAAGUGUGAUCCUUUUAAAUUUGCUUUUAUCAAAAACAAAACAAAACUUUUUCAUGCGAUUAUGUCAAAGUUAAGUUCACACUAUUAGAAACAUUUCAGGAAAGGGGGAAAAUUUUGAAACGUGAACAACAGUAUUUGCAUUUAACUCCACAGCACUGAAAUUAUAUAUAUUGUUUGAUUGCGCUUUGCAAUUUUAUAUUAAUAACUACAUGUUGUUAACAUUUCUUGCUAUUUUGUCGUCAUUUAAUACCCAUGAUAUGAUACUGUAUUUUCCACUCCCCAUAGCUCCUAAGCAAACUCUGGUGUCUUUGCUUUCAAUGUGUAGACCAAACAACUCUUUUAGUGCAAACGUUCAUCUGUAAUAUUGUACAUAUUAUGAAAUAUA